AUGAAUAUCUAUUUUGAUGAUUAAUAUAUUUAGAUAACUUAGAACUUAACAUUCCAAUAGUUAUUUUAACAUUUAGGAAAAAGUGGAAAUAUAAAUGAUAAAAUUUUAUUGAAAAAUGAUUAGAUCUUGACAAUAAAUGAAAAUAACUUUAUCAAAGAUCAUGUAAAAUAAGAGGAUAAACUCAAAUUAGUGGUUAGUUUAAAAUCUAUUUUUAGGAAAAGCAAUCGUAUCGGCCAAUUGCAUUUACAAGUCCUUAAUUUCCUAAUAAUAAUACAUUUUUUGAUCCGAGAGCAUCAUAGGUGAUCUAUUCAGAAAAUUAGCAAUAGCCAGGCAAAAUUCUAAUUGGAAUAAACUAAUAAUAAUAAUCAAAGUAAUAAGUAAUAUAAUCAUAACUAAUAUAAUAAUAAUAAUAAUAAUAAUAAUAACAAUUACAAAUAUAAUAAUAAUAACAACAAUAACAACAAUAAUAAUACUAAUAAUAAGUUAAUAAUUUAUAAUUAAAACCAUAAUAAUAAUAAAAUCAUCAAUAUGCAUAAUAAUAAUAAGUUUAGAAUUAUACUUAAUAAAAUGUUUAACAGUAUUAAAAUUAAACUUAACAAAUACCUCAAAUCCCACCGAUCUAAGAUAAAACAAAUGCUCAAAUAAAUAUAUUUGAAACUGUUUUUUGUAAUUAAAAUAAUGAUUAAGACAAAGAAAAAAAUUAGAUGAACAAAAAUAAUUAACCUGGAAAUAAAGAGUAAUAAUAUAAUUAUAUUCAAAGAAAUUAAUUUGAAAAGUAUGGCUUUAGUUUUAGGAUAGAUAAUUAUGGAGAUGAUAUUUAGAUUGAAAAAUUAGAUAAGUCAUUUAUUCUUAGAUUGGAUAAAUCCUAUCAAUUGGAUCUCAUCACAAAGUUUGAUAUAACUGAUAUUAAAAAAGAAUUCGAACACAACAUUAUUGGAGUACUCAAUUAGACCAGAAUAUCUAAUAACAUAAAAUUUUUGCUGUACAAUUCAAUGGAGGGAGAUAAGUAGGAUUAAAAUUAUAUAUGGAAUGAUUUUUAAGAUAUAUAAAUUUAAUAAAUAAUACAUAUUAAUAAUUCUAAUAAAAUGAGUAUUUGUAGAAGAAGUGCUACAUUAAUUUCGAUUCAGGAUGAUUUUAAAGUGCUAAUGUUAAAAAGGAGCAAUGAGAUUUCAUUUGGUGGAUCUUUUGCCUUUCCUGGUGGAGUUCUUGAAGAAACAGAUUAUAAAUUUGCUUAAGCAGAUUCUUCAUUAAUUUAAUAAAAUCAUUAAAAGUAUUAUUGCCAUCAAAUAUUUACAUGGUACGAUUCAUCCUUAAUUGCUGCUAUUCAAGAAACUAUAGAAGAAACUAAUAUUUAGUUGGAUUAUAAAUAAAUAUAUUCAUAAAUAAAACCAUUCAUUAGAAUCAUUACACCAUAAAUGAUGAAAAAAAGAUAUGACACAUAGUUUUUUGUUUUAAAUUUAAACAAUUAUGACAAAUUAAAUAUUAAUAAGAGUGAAAGUAUAAGCUACAAAUGGAAUACUCCUUUAGGAUUUCUGGAAAAAUUUAUAAAUAAUUAGAUAAGUUUAUUUCCACCAAUAUUUUUAUAAUAAAUUAUACUUAAAUUAUUGGGAAGUUUUUAAAAUAUUAUUACCUAUAUAAAUUAAGGAGAUCUUUUAAAGUAUCCAUAUCCUCAUAUUUUUUAAUUUAGUAUCUAUAUAUUUAUGAGUUUUUAUAAGCAAGUAAAGGAAUUAUUAAUUAUCAAGAUCCAAACUAUGAUUUAUAAAAACUUUUAGAAACAGAAUAAACUGAUUAUUUGAAAAAUGAAUUGAAAGUUAGAUAUAAUCGAAUUGAUAGAUCAGAUUUUAGAUUUUAAUUAGAGGGAAAUUUGAAAAAAUUGAAUGGACAUAUAGGAAUGUUUAAAAAUUCACCUUUAGCAUUCUUAAAUGGUGAAAUUAUAAAUGAUAACUAAUUUAUUUUAAAAACAAACCAAGAUUAUGAGGAUGA